AGGAUGGUAGGAUAGUUUUUGUGUGUCUGCUCUGUGGCUGCGCUUCGAUAUGGAACCGAAAACAGAAGCUUCGCCUUCGAAAAGGCUGAGAAGGUUCACCGGUCGCUACUGCUGCGUUGUCGGCUGCCACAACCUUGAACGCCGAGACAAGUCGGUAAAGUUCUAUCGAUUCCCGGGCAAGUGGUACCAGAGGGAGCAGCGGCGUGCCUGGACCGAAGCAGUCCGCCGAGUCAACCCUGAUGGCACUCCGUGGGAGCCGAGAGAUAACACAAGGAUUUGCAGUGAUCACUUCGUUGGCAAGAAGAAGAGCAACGCAGUUGAUCACCCAGCUUACAUCCCAACCAUCUUCCCGCCUGUGUAUGACAGGAAUGUACGCGACCCAGAAAAGACUCACAGGUUGGAUUUUAGUCCCAAUAAACAGCAUCAUUCUCUAGGCUGCUACGAAGAAACAGCAAUCGGACAUAGGCCGUGUGGUCAUGGCAAUGGGUGCAGCAAAAAUAAAUGCAUCUACCGCAAUUUAUUUACCAUGGCAUGCAAGUCUCGAAAUGAUACUGAAGACCCACCACUAAUAAACUCUCUUGGUCGGCGAUCUCUUCAGAUUGCGUGGGAGGUUCCUCCCGUGGCAUUGGUUGAAUCUGCCUGCCAGACUUACUCUUCUUCUGAAGGCAUGCUCACAAUCCUGCUUUCAGCGACAGAUGGCACCCAAGCAUCAACACAAGUCUGUCACACUGUACAGAGCGAUGAGGUUAACGAUACGGACAAUGGUUGACUGAGCUGCAGGGGCUUUCUGGAAUUACAGCUUACUUCACCAAGAAGUGCAAAAACAUUUUGCGACCUGUCUGGCGAUUAUGAUGAUCACACGCAGUGUUUAAUGGUAGAAGGGCCACUACAUCUGGCCAGAGAACAGCAAAUGAUCUGCUGCCACACUGCCAAGUGUAAAUCACUCUGAUUUUGUUACGUAGUCAUCACUGUGUCAAAGGAAACAUUGCUUGCGUAUUGCUUUUCUGGUUUGGUGCAACUUGUAAGUGGUGUGCGCUUGAUUUUAAUAAAAUGCAAGGGCAGUUUAAUCCAGCUGUAAUGAAUUCUUAGCGAGAUCCAGUAGCUUUUACGAAUGUAUAUUUGUAUGUAGUUUUUAACACUCAAAAUGAUCAUAAAGGGGCCCUGCAAUGUUUUUUAGAGCAUGGUCCGAAAACUCCACUGAUCGGUAGUCGAUGCUCCCGAGAACACGCAACCAAAUAAUACAUCACGGCACGCGACAAGGAAUUUACAAUACAUUCUCUAAGUCAGUUAAAGAUAGUUUUCUCGUCUCUUGACAAAUGAUACUAUAGUAUACUAAAAUAUUAUUGUGUCAUGGACUUAAGCUCUAUGCCAUUAGCCGAUUUGAGCACGGCACGUUCAAGAGUUGCUGAAGCCACCCCAUACCACGUGUCCGUGGCACUGAAAAGCCACGUGUUUGAAGAAAGAAAAAAGUGCUCAGGGUCACAAGCACGCUUGACAGGCCUUCUCCUGUGCCAUCCCUCUCUGCUAUCUUCCAGCGCUUUCGACGGGACAAGAAGACAGAAUGUAAUUGCAGCGUGCGAGAAAUCUUCAUAACUCUGGUCGUACUGGACGGAUUCUAAAAAUAUUUGCGACGAUGGAUUGACGCGGCAUUAAGCUCUUUUAGCAAAGCCAUUCUACGGCUGCAUGGGAAAGUGUGGCAGGGCCUCUUUAAGACAGAUCUAAUUUUUUCAUGUGUAGAUCCAUGUUCUUGUGCACACGUCCCUACCAUGUGCUGCACCAGUGUACAGCUCAUAACUUUUGGAAAACCUUUUCUCUGCACAGUUUUACUGUGUUGUUCGGGCACUUGCUGGGAUGUGAAUAAAAACAUUAAUAUUAA